AUGGUGAUGACUGCCUCUCGCCUUCAUCUGAGCGAUCCUAGUUCCAGUUAUCUUGCUUUGAUUAAGGCCGAGUGGGAUGAACUGAAAGCGAGGUUGCUGGAGUUAGAGGGAGACAAGCAAUCAUUUGAGGAGCGCUAUGAUCUUUUGGCAGGACGAAAAUGGCUUGUGUGCCUCCUGGUGUGGAGAAUGGCAAAUAGACGAUUCGGGAGCAAGUUGCCAUCAGAAAGUUUUUCUAUGGAAUUGGCCUCCUACCUUUGCCCAGGUGAGCUGGAUAUAGGAGGCCUUCGCCAAUUGUGUGAUGAUUCUGACACCGAAGAGGAUCAGCCUGAAGGUGGCUCUUCUCACGCUGGAGCUUCCUCCACCCCCCAGUCUAGCUUUUGGGCUGAGGAGUUGGGGUGUGAUUAUCUGAUGCCAUCCUGGGGGGGAAGCCUCUACAAGUUGCAGACUCUUAUGAUUGUAGUGAGUCUCUUGUCCACGUCUUCUUUUUUAGGGCAGCUGCCUACCCUCACUGCUCUAGCACUGGCAAUUCUUUGGUUGUGUUUCUGGUUGAGCUCUGUGACAUUGAAUGUGUGUUACCUUGUUUCCUCCUUUUCCAUGCUAUGUGCCCUUGAUGCACGAAGACAUGUGGGUAUGCUAUGUGAUUUCCAACCUAGCUUGGCUUUCGUGCUGACAAUCCUCCAUGUGUCCGGAGUGGUAACGUUGUUGCUAUCGAGCCCUUCUCCCACGGGAUGUUCGUUUGGGGUUGGCAUCCUUUCAUCCCUUCUUGGGUGUGGGUAUUUGUUUGUUUUUCUCUUGACUGUGUGGGUGGUAAUUAUUCUUUUGCAUCGCAUUCUUGGGAUGUCCAUGAUAGCUCAAGCGGCGAUCGCCCGAAGUGGUUUUGCUUAUGUGUUUAAGGCUGUUACUGUUGCUAAGUUGCUGGUUGUUCUGAACUUUAUUGUACCAUGUAAUUUUGAUGGGAUGACCUAUAGCAGAAAGAGGACAGGUAGCCCUAGGAUCAUAUCAUCUUCUGACCUAUUUUUAACUACCGAUAACUCGAUUGUCCUUGUUACCCAUUCCUUUCCAUCGUGGGUGAGUAGUGUCAACGGGAGGCUUAUGGUCCCUAGAGGACAUAACUUGUGUCAUGUGAAGCCAAUGAGUGGGGCUCUGGUUGGAGUUUACCCUCGCGGCCCUGAGCAUACUUGUCCAUCUGGAGGGAUGUCAUUGUUCACUCGUAGGUGUUUUUGUGUUCGUCAGGAUCUAUCAUGCCGUUGUACUUUGGGCUGUUCAUGUGUGGGUAGUUGGGUGCUCCACCGACCAUCGCCUCGUGUAUGUGGUAUGGAUGGUUGUACCCUUGUCCAUACUCGUAAUGAUACCCGUGGUUGUACAUGGCCGCUUGAGGCAUAUACGAUGCCUGUGUGGAGUAUGCGUGCAUCGGCGGAUUCGGCUGCGAACUUGACUUCAUUGGACCUGUAUAUGAAUACGAGUUGGAUAGUGGUUGUUGUGCAAAUAGCAAUAUAUACGAUAUGGUGCUCAUCGGGGAAGACUGAUGACCUGCAGGUUGUGCAGCUUAUAGAAUGGUGCCAGGGGACCAGGCGUGCUGUGGUGGUAGUCGUGGUUGGAUGUUCCGUUGAGAUGGGCAACGGUUGCCAUAGACUAGUGAUGAACUCCGUUGCGGGGUCGAAUGGCUUCGUUACCAGCAUUUGCGUGAGCGGCUACCCUUCCGGUGUUGAUGGACAACUUCCAUCUAGGAACUGCAUUGGUCUAACCUAG